AUGCCACCGAAACCGGACUCCAACGAAUCAGAACCAAAACCAGCGAAAAAAACUGCAACUGCCAUAUGCGGCGUUAGAAGUCCUGGACCGAAGUAUCCGCUUAAAACUCUUGUGGGUUAUAAAGAACAUUGUUUGUCCAAAUAUCGAAAUCCAGCAUAUUCGUUUGGUGCACAAUUAAUUAGUUUACGUGCGUGCGAAGGACCUGGACCGAAAUAUUUAUUGCCAGAUCCAAAACGUGGCGGUUUCUCUUUUGGAUUAGUUGGACGAAGUGUCGACACUUUCUGUGGCCCUGGUCCAAAAUAUGUUUUACCAACGCCAAAGACUCCAGCAUUUUCCCUAAAAUCUAGAAUCAAACUCAGAGACGGUUGCACAACGCCUGGUCCGUACUACGUGAAAUUCCCCAGAGAGGGCCCAGCUUUUUCCUUAGCAAUUCGUACUCCUGGUGUGAAAUGUAUUGCCACACCGGCUCCUUACAGUUACCAGGAUAAAACAUGUUCGCCGAAGUUCUCCAUAACGGGCAGACCAGUUGAUAAAGAGAUUUGUCGUUCACCAGGACCUAAGUAUCACGUCAAGCCAAUGAAACCGACACCCGCUUAUUCUUUCGGAACCAAGCAUAGCGAGUGUGCUCCUCCAUAUAUUCUUGAAUGUGACGAAAUAUGUUAGAACACCAAAGAACAACACGUUUGCUACCAGCGUUACAUAUACGUGACGAUAACCAUAACGUAAUAAC